UAAGCAAUCACAAUUCACUAUGCAGUUUAAAAAGAUAAAUAUUGAUAAUCCAGCGCUACCUUCCAGCAGUGUGAAAUAAUGUUUCAUGUUUCCACCCUUCUCCCCUUCUCUUCACAGGACCCACAACAGUUACAGAGAAAACGCCAUAUUGGAAAUGAUAUUGUGGCUCUCGUGUAUCAGGAAGGAGAUGUUCAGUUUUCUCCGGAAAUGAUAACUUCAAACUUUCUUCAUGCAUACAUCGUAGUCAAGUCCAUAGCUCAGGAUGAGUAUGAGAUGAGCGUGGUGUGUAAGAAUGAUGUUCCUGAGUUUGGUCCGAUCCUACCUCCACGCAGGAUCUUCAGGAAGGAUUCAAAACUCAAGGAUUUUCUCCUGGCUAAGUUGAUAAAUGCGGAGAAUGCCUGCUAUAAAUCCAAAAUUUUCUCUUCUCUCGACCAAAAAACAAGAACCUGUCUCCUCGGCAAGCUCUACGAGGAUUUAACCCUUGAGACUAACAAAUAUCUAUACUGUAAGUCACGUAUGAACUCAAUGGAUGAGUCCUUCAUGGAUGGACGGGAUAAAAAUCUUUUCAAGAAUAUGAAGACGAUGUUAUCCAAACGCUCUAAAUCAUUGAUUCCAUGUCAGUCCAAGAAUAUGGCGUUAGCCCAGAGACGAUCUCAAAUAAUGGAAUCAAACCAACAACAAGAAGAUUUUACACUUGGCCGAGACGAUUCAAGAACAUUCCACUGCAUAUCAGAGUCAAGUCGAAGUAGAAGCGCGUGUACACUUCAAAACUUCCGGAAAGAAAAACUCACGCAUUCCCGGGAAUUUCAGGAUUUUCAUUCGUCUUCCUCAUCUGAGGCAGGUUCAAUGGAGUAUAUGAUGGAACUCCAAACCCAACUUGAACGAUUGAGAAUGGAAAAGCUGUCGCUCCUCCGAGCCAACUGCAAUGCAAACAAGAAAAUUUCUGAGAUGAGGAAGGAAAAACACGGUCUUACAAGGCAUCUGGAGACUGCAAAAAGACAGGUAAAGCUCCUCCAAAUGGGACGCAGUACUAGCAUGGAUGGAUCAGAUUUACAGUCUUUACACUGUCCAAGCGAUGAAGAAUGUGUCGGAAAAAUUAUUAAAAGAAGGCAUUCACAUGCACCUAUCUCCCAUAGCAGUUUCAGGAGUCAAAGAAUUGAUAUAUCUGAGAUGAAUGCAAGAUUAGAAGCUAGAUCAGAGUUUAUUAAAAGGGGAAUGAUUAAGAGGAAUGUCAGUCAACCAUCAAUGCACUUAGAACACCGUCAACCCCAACUUUCUCAGCAUACUCAGCAUACUCAACCUUCCCAGCAUACUCAACCUUCUCAGCAUACUCAGCAUACUCAACCUUCCCAGCAUACUCAACCUUCUCAGCAUACUCAGCAUACUAACAAAACAUUGAAGCACACACAAUCCUUCUCAAAUAUCAACUACAAUAAACAGUUUCCAUACAAUAAGUUCAAGAGAAGCAAUACAGUUAACAACGAGACUAUCCACGAGGCUCGGCCUGGUAUCGGGGUAAGACGAGCUUCUGCCGGGUCUAUGCUGAAACAGAGAACCGGAAGUGGAAUGCGCAGGGCGUCAGGAGUAGUAAACUCUGAAAAAGUGCGACACAGAUCAGAGAAAAAGAAAACAAGGUUUGAUGUACACACUAAUAGACGAGGAUCUUCUCUUGAACUUCCUCCUGAUGAAUAUCCAACCCGGAGCACUAGACUAAACUCAACCCAUCAGAGUUUUCAAUCCCUUCAGGACAACUACUAGAAAGGGAUAAUAUGGACCCUCCCCACCACUCCACUACUUAAUACGUGAAUUAAAAAUACCCUCUAAAUGUGUAUUACAGGAUUUACCAUACAUUUUUUUACUAAUUUAGUUUUUAAAUAAUUUUAUUAAAGAUAAAUAAAAACUGUACAAAAUUAUGUAACUAAAUUGCUGAUAAAUCAGGGGACAUUAGUUCCAAAACUAGCACUUGGCCCAUUGUAAGAAAUGGGCACAAAUUAAAAGACUGGGUUUUUGGAAUUCCGGCCCAUAAACAUUGUCCAGAUUAAAAGUCGAUAAUAAAAACUAUAACCAAGAUUUUAAUAAACAUGAAAAGGACAACAAUUCCCAAUUUUAA